GAUCAAAUACUAUACAUUUAUUUCAAAAAUCAUUCCAAAAUAAACAACUAUUAACACCCCUUUUCCACUUUCCCAACAUCUCCCACCUGAAUCACGCUCCUUCAAUUCAACCUUGGCAUUCCCUGGAUUCAUCUUCUGUUAUUGAUUCGAAACCCACACAGAACCUAUGUGUAAUCUAUUCUACCAUUCCAUUUCUUUAUUUUCGUGCUUUUAAACUUCAAAUGAAUCUCCCUUAUUUCAUGUUUUACUAUUCAUGCACACAACAUGUUUGUUAAAUUGAACAAACUAGUCCUAACAUAAAACCACUUCUUUUCAUGUCUUAUUUAUCAUCCAUGCACGCAACGUGUUUGUUAAAUUGACCAUCCUAAUCCUACUACACUACCCUAUUGCAAUGCAAUCUCUCAAGUUACGCCCUCUUCUUUUUUACCCCCCUUUCUCUUCUAACUCAUUUCAAUCCUUUCUCCUUUCAUUUUCUACUGCUUUUUUAUCAACCCCAAAAAACCAAUACUCAAAAGAAACCACUUUUAUAUUUGACUUCCUUAAUUCCAACUUCAAAUUACCUAAAUCUCAAUCCAUUUAUAUCUCUAAACGUCUUUCAGGAACCACCUUCCCUCAAAACCCCUUGUCUGUAAUCAACUUUUUCAAACAAAUUGGGUUUUCUCAAACUCAGAUUCAAACUAUCAUUCGUCAGAGAGUUCAAUUACUGUUUUCAGAUGUUGAUAAAACUCUCAGACCUAAAGUUGACCUCUUUCAACAAUUGGGUUUUCAGGGUUCUGAUUUAUGCGGCUUUAUAUCAAGGUAUCCAACCAUUUUGACUGCUAGUUUGAACAAAACAUUGGUUCCCUCAGUGGAAGCUAUUAAGAAAAUUGUACGCAAUGAGAAAGAUCUCAUUCAAGUUUUGUGCAAAUGUGGUUGGAUACUCCCAAAGUACCCACUAUUUGUUUCCAACAUUGCUUUCUUAGAGAGCUGUGGCAUUGUCGGGGAUCAGGUUUUGAUUCUACUCAAACGACAUUCAAGGCUUUUGAGUUUUUCACAAUCUGCUAUUAGAAACUAUGUUUUGCAAGCUGUAGAAUUGGGUUUCCAUCAAAAUUCAAGAAUGUUGAUUCACGGGCUUCAGACAAUAAGUGGUUUGAGCAAGAAAACAUUUAAGAGAAAGCUGGAUAUAAUUCAGAGUUUUGGGUUUUCUAAUGAUGAGACCUUGCAAAUGUUCAAAAAGUCUCCAGCUUUACUAAGAGCAUCAGACAAAAAAUUAAAGGUUGGAAUUGAAUUCUUCUUACAUACAGUUAUGCUACCAAAGCCGGCAUUGGCUAACCGGCCUAUGAUUUUGAUGUAUAGCAUUGAGGAUCGAGUGUUUCCUAGAUAUAGAGUUUUUCAGCUUUUGAAAUCACAAAAUCUAUGUAAGGUUUCCAGCUUUGUUUAUGUGUUAUGCUUGUCCGAGGACAUGUUCUUGAACAAGUAUAUAUCAAAGUUUAAAGAAAAUACAGAGGCGUUAUUGAUAGCUUACAAGGGACAUCACAUAGCAGGUGGGACGAUGUAAAGAAAGGAAGGAUUGGAGUUCUCGGAUUGAGACGAGGCAUUGAGGCUGCAUUUGAACAGAGUUGAAAUUAUUAGCAGAUUUUACCCAAUUAAUGUCUGUUGAUUUUCAACUAUUUUGGAAUUAGUCCAAUUGCUGCCUUCUGUACAAUGUUUGUUUAUUUUGGGGAUAAUAGUGUUUUUAAGAUGUUGGAUGGAGUUUAUAAGAGCAGCAACUCUGCAGGCCCAAAAAGUAUGUUUUUUGGGACGUGUUUAUGCUAAUUUCAAAAUAACAUGUGUGCUGGAAAUUUUCCACGCAAAUUUUUGCUAAAGACAUGAGCUUCAAGAAGCUGAUAGUAGGGGUUGUGUAUUUAGAGGCUUUCAAACUCCUAAAAAGAAUCUCAUAAUUUGUACCAGGUGGGUAGAUUUUUUAGUGUGGUUACAUGCGAGAAAAAAAGAAAAGCAAAAAAAGACUUCAACAAUCUGAAGUUGAAUGAUUUUUGGAUGGGUCUUCUGAAUGAAAAGCAAAAAUCUUAUCAUUUGUUCCAGGUUGAAUUAUUAUCAACCUAGUGACCUCUUGCAAUAUAAAGUUGAGGAAUCGAGUGUCUUAUUUAAGAAUAAUGCUGAUGAUGCUGGUGAAACCUGUUAGUGCAGGCCAGGUGAAAGCGAGUCACUAGUGGGAGCUAAGAAACGUUUUCCACAAUAUAAGUAGUAUAAGGUGUCAGAAUUUCCGUUUUCUGGCCUUGUCCUUUUCAUUGAUAAGAUACUCUCCGUAUAGAAUACAUCAAUCAUAAAUAAUACUCCUCAUGCUCAUAAAAA